AUGAGCGCCUCGAUAACAUGGCGUACAGUUUUGCGACGAAUAGAAAAUAUGGACUUGGAAAGUAAAAUUCGAAUGAUUCGGAGAUACCCGAAACGACGAUUAGCAAUAAUUCUUGGAGUUCUACUUUUCAUUGUGUUCCUCUUCACACGUGGCACUUCCUCUGGCUCAUCGUUCACCAAACAACAACAGUGUUCUGCCGAAAAGCUGAAAAUAUGGGAGAGGGAGAUUGAGGAAUUUGAUAUUGGCCUCAACAACCAAAGCGUCGAAUUCGUCGGUAAUGGAUAUUUCGGUGUGGAUUCACUUGGACAAUUACGGAUACAAGAGAAAAAUCGAGUUCUCGACGUGGAAACCAACUUUUAUCCAGGAUUGAAAGUUGAUAUCGAUGGCUCACAACCAGUAGAAGUUACAAAAAUGACUGAUUUCAAAAAUGGAUUGUACAAAGUGAUACGAUGUUUUUCGAUGGAUGGAGAAUGUGCAUGUGUGACAUCUCAACUUUAUGCUCAUCGCAUUCGACCCAACUACUUUGUUCAAAUUAUUCAGAUUUCAAAUCCAACGAAAUCCACAGUUCGCCUAAACCUCUCGAGAUUGAGUUCGAACUGGUGGGCACACUCUAAAGUUGGAGAAUUGUCUGUAAACCAGCGACAAGUCGGUGGAACAUCAUAUGCCAUUGUUUGCACUGAUCCACCUGGAAAAAUAAUUGUAUCUCAGAAACGAGAAGAAUCCUUCCGAUUCACUUGCUCAAUCGUCUCGAAACCAACAAGCGAAGAGGCGUCUCGAGAUGCAAUUCGUUUAUUCCAAUCGGGAAAAGACGGGAAAACGUUGGAUUCUGAGCACUUCGAAGGAUGGUCGAAAAUGCAUUUAUCUGGGUUCAGUGUUUCUAAUUCAAAAGCGCCAAACACAAUAAACGGAGAUAGAAUUAAUGCGACUAAAUACAUUUUAUUGAGUAGUUUGAGAGCGCCAACCAUGGAGUAUGGAGCCACGUUGGAAACAGUUAAAUCUCUUGAAACAUUGGCAAGAAAGAGUGAACUAUGCUACACUGGACAUUCCAAUCUUCUAUUCCCAUCUCGUCUUUGGCAAGACUGGGACACUCCGACGAAACUCAUUGAGCUUGUCAAUACAUGGAUUCUGACAUUCCAAAAACGAGGAUGCACUAAUCUUUUGAGUACCGGAGCGAUCGGGGUGUCACAAGCAUUCACACAAUCGCUGACCGCCUCCAGUUAUCAUGAUUCACAUCUGGAAGUAGCUUUGGAUGCUCACGAUUUGCAUCGGGAAAUGAGCUUCUACGGAGUCCCAGUUUAUUCCAAUAUGGGAGUUGUCGGCACUAUUCGUGUAGAUAUUAAGUUGGACAAAGAAAAUAGACCGUAUUUUAUGGUUUCUUCUUCUAAUCAACUGUUCGCUUGUGACGGAGGUUGUCUCGAUUCUCCCGUUUCAUUAGGGAAGACUCCAACUCAACUACCAGUUAAGGUCACAAAACCAGUAACUUCUCUUCUCUACAUCGCACCCUCUCGCAGACACCUAGAACUACUAAAGAAUGCAAUCCACGUGUCAGAAGUGGGGUCAGCUCCCGCCCAUGAAGAAGAAGUAAUAGAGAUGCAUCGAUCCGGAGAGGCAACUGGAGGAAUGACAACAUUUUGGGUGUUUGUUUUCGUUGCCGUCGUUGCCUUCCAUUUGGUGGUGGCAAAAAUCGUUUGGAAUGAGUAUCGUAAAGGCGAUAUGACACCAUACAACCCAUAUUUGAGGAACCGAUAUUCGUCUUUGAGGCCACAUUGA